AUGGUGAUUGCAUCAUCUUUCAUGGUUAACGAGUCAACUGACUGGAUUUUGAGGCAACCAGAGAUACUAGCAGUUGCAUAUUCUGGAACUAUUGCAUCUGCUCUUAACUAUGGAAUCAUUACAUGGAGCAAUAAGAUCUUGGGGCCAGCUUUGGUUUCCCUUUAUAAUCCGCUUCAACCUGCAUUUUCUGCCUUCCUGUCCCAAAUUUUCCUUGGCACUCCAAUUUACUUGGGAAGCAUCCUAGGGGGAUCUUUGAUCGUUGCUGGUCUCUAUAUAGUUACUUGGGCAUCCUAUAGAGAGAAACAAGAAACUUUUGUAGUUACUCCUAAUGGCUCUUGGAUCUCUGAACCACUUAUUCAUGAAAAAGGUGAAUAUCAGAAUUCAGGAUCCUCCAAUUCACUAUCAAAGCCAAGCUCAUCAAAUGAAUGGUUGAAUGACAAUGUGCCAGAGUGGAUUCAUUCCAAUGGGAGCAGCUGGAGUUGGAGUGGGUGUGGGGGUGACAUAUGGAAGGCCCAUACGGCCAUGGCGAUGGUGCAGCUUUUCAAUGGCAUCUACCAUGUCAUCACCAAAGUGGCCCUUAAUGUUGGCGUCAACCAAUUAGUCUUCUGUGUCUUUCGCGAUGCCAUUGCUCUUUCAAUCCUCGCACCCCUUGCUUAUAUUCGUGAAAAACGGAUUCGACCACCCACUACUAAGAACCUCCUGGUUUCAUUCUUCUUUCUUGGAUUAACUGGGAUAUUUGGCAACCAGCUUUUGUUUCUUAUUGGUUUAAGCUAUACUAAUCCAUCUUAUGCGGCUGCCAUACAACCGGCCAUUCCGGUCUUUACCUUUAUGUUGGCUGUAAUGAUGGGUACAGAAAGAGUAAACCUAGCCAGAUAUGAUGGUCUGGCAAAAGUUGGAGGAACCAUCAUCUGUGUUUCUGGUGCCAUAUUAAUGGUUUUGUAUCGUGGUCCAGCUUUGAUAGGACAUGCUCCAAUCGAUCAUGGUACACAAAAUGAAAUAAGUGCCAAAGGACAGCCAGAGCCAACUGGAUGGUUAAUUGGUGCUUUACAAGCUAUCGGGUUUGACCGUUUUCAUCUUGGGGUUCUGUGCUUGAUUGGGAACUGCAUUUGUAUGGCUGCGUUUCUAGCCAUUCAGGCACCAGUAUUAAAAAAAUAUCCAGCAAACAUAUCUGUCACAGCAUAUUCAUACUUAUUCGGAACUUUACUGAUGGUCACGGUGUCAUCAUUCGUGAAUACCGAGUCAAGUGACUGGAGUUUGGCAUCAUCAGAAGUACUUGCUGUUAUUUAUGCUGGAACUGUUGCAUCUGCACUUAACUAUGGACUCAUUACAUGGUGCAACAAAAUCUUGGGGCCAGCCAUGGUUUCCAUUUACAAUCCGCUUCAACCUGCGUUUUCAGCCAUCCUGUCACAAAUUUUCCUUGGAAGUCCAAUUUACUUGGGAAGCAUCAUAGGAGGAUCUUUUAUCAUUACUGGUCUAUAUUUGGUUACUUGGGCAUCUUUUAAAGAAAAACAAGCAAAUCUUGGAGGUGGAGUUGCUGCUCAUGCCUCUUGGGUCUCUGAACCACUUGUUCACGACAGAAGUCCACUCCAGAAAGGUCACCCAUUUUCGGGGUCCUCCACCGCUUCCCCAAAAGCAUUAUCAGAUUAA